UGGGUAGAGAGUUCCAGGGAAGGAGGGCGUAGACAAAGCGCUACCUGAACUUGCGGCGCGAAAAAGGCGCGCAUGCGUCCUACGGAAGCGUGCUGGCUCACCGACCGCAUUGCGGCUUGGUUUUCUCACCCAGUGCAUGUGGCAGGAGCGGUGAGAUCACUGCCUCACGCCGAUCCUGGACUGACGGUCACGACCGCCUACCCUCUAACACUGUUCUGAGCUGCCCCUUGCCCCCACACACCCCAAACCUGUGUGCAGGAUCUGCCUCCAUGGAGCUACAGCCUCCUGAAGCCUCGAUCGCCGUCGUGUCGAUUCCGCGCCAGCUGCCUGGCUCACAUUCGGAGGCUGGUGUCCAGGGUCUCAGCGCGGGGGACGACUCAGGCACCAUGAGCCUGGACACCGAGGUGGAUAUGAAGGAGGUGGAGCUGAAUGAGUUAGAACCCGAGAAGCAGCCGAUGAACGCGGCGUCUGGGGCGGCCAUGUCCCUGGUGGGAGCCGAGAAGAAUGGUCUGGUGAAGAUCAAGGUGGCGGAAGACGAGGCGGAGGCGGCAGCCGCGGCUAAGUUCACGGGCCUGUCCAAGGAGGAGCUGCUGAAGGUGGCGGGCAGCCCCGGCUGGGUGCGCACCCGCUGGGCACUGCUGCUGCUCUUCUGGCUCGGCUGGAUCGGCAUGCUGGCGGGUGCCGUGGUCAUAAUCGUGCGGGCGCCGCGUUGUCGCGAGUUACCCGCGCAGAAGUGGUGGCACACGGGCGCCCUCUACCGCAUCGGCGACCUUCAGGGCUUCCAGGGCCACGGCGCCGGCAACCUGGCGGGUCUGAAGGGGCGUCUCGAUUACCUGAGCUCUCUGAAGGUGAAGGGCCUUGUGCUGGGCCCAAUUCACAAGAACCAGAAGGAUGAUGUCGCUCAGACCGACUUGCUGCAGAUCGACCCCAAUUUUGGCUCCAAGGAAGAUUUUGACAGUCUCUUGCAAUCGGCUAAAAAAAAGAGCAUCCGUGUCAUUCUGGACCUUACUCCCAACUACCGGGGUGAGAACUCGUGGUUCUCCACUCAGGUUGACACUGUGGCCACCAAGGUGAAGGAUGCUCUGGAGUUUUGGUUGCAAGCUGGCGUGGAUGGGUUCCAGGUUCGGGACAUAGAGAAUCUGAAGGAUGCAUCCUCAUUCUUGGCUGAGUGGCAAAACAUCACCAAGGGCUUCAGUGAAGACAGGCUCUUGAUUGCGGGGACUAACUCCUCCGACCUUCAGCAGAUCCUGAGCCUACUCGAAUCCAACAAAGACUUGCUGUUGACUAGCUCAUACCUGUCUGAUUCUGGUUCUACUGGGGAGCAUACAAAAUCCCUAGUCACACAGUACUUGAAUGCCACUGGCAAUCGCUGGUGCAGCUGGAGUUUGUCUCAGGCAAGGCUCCUGACUUCCUUCUUGCCGGCUCAACUUCUCCGACUCUACCAGUUGAUGCUCUUCACCCUGCCAGGGACCCCUGUUUUCAGCUACGGGGAUGAGAUUGGCCUGGAUGCGGCUGCCCUUCCUGGACAGCCUGUGGAGGCUCCAGUCAUGCUGUGGGAUGAGUCCAGCUUCCCUGACAUCCCAGGGGCUGUAAGUGCCAACAUGACUGUGAAGGGCCAGAGUGAAGACCCUGGCUCCCUCCUUUCCUUGUUCCGGCGGCUGAGUGACCAGCGGAGUAAGGAGCGCUCCCUACUGCAUGGGGACUUCCAUGCGUUCUCUGCUGGGCCUGGACUCUUCUCCUAUAUCCGCCACUGGGACCAGAAUGAGCGUUUUCUGGUAGUGCUUAACUUUGGGGAUGUGGGCCUCUCGGCUGGGCUGCAGGCCUCUGACCUGCCUGCCAGCGCCAGCCUGCCAGCCAAGGCUGACCUCCUGCUCAGCACCCAGCCAGGCCGUGAGGAGGGCUCUCUGCUUGAGCUGGAACGCCUGAAACUGGAGCCUCACGAAGGGCUGCUGCUCCGCUUCCCCUAUGCGGCCUGACCCCAGCCUGACAUGGACCCACUGCCCUUCUCCUUUCCUUCCCAGGCUCUUCGGCUUCUGAUUUUUCUCUUUUUUUUCCCUUUUUUUUUUUUUAAAAAACAAAAACAAAAACAAAUAAACCGUUGCAGAUUAUAAGUGAACCCCCAAGUAGGGUGUUUUCUGCCUUCAAAUAAAAGUCACCCCUGCAUGGUGAA